AUGGUGAUAUCUGAUGAAAAAAGCAUUCUCACGAAUGUUGAACCAGAAGAAAAUCAGAUGGUGAUAUCUGAUGAAAAAAACAUUCCCACAAAUGUUGAACCAGAAGAAAAUCAGAUGGGAAUAUCUGAUGAAAAAUGCGUUGCCACGAAUGUUGAACCAAAAGACGUAGCAAAAGAGAUAGAAAUGCUCGAAACCAAUGGAGAAGGUGAGUCCUCCAAAACUAACGAGAAGAAGAAGAAAAUUGGUGACCUCUUUUCAAAACAAGAAGAACUCAUUCUCCUUGCUGGUCUUGACCAUUUUUGGAUCCGCAAAAGAAUCCAUGAUUGGGUUGCCUUUCACAUCUUCAUGAAUGGUCAUCUUCCCCACUUCACUAAGAAUCAAAUAACUGAAAAGUUACGUCGGAUGAAACUGAAAUUCGGAAGAAUUAGGGAGAAAGGAGGUUUCCGUCAUUUUGCAUCAAACACCCACGAAGCCGAUAUUUAUGAGUUGUCCAAAAAACUAUGGGACCAUGAAGUAAUUAUCACUGCCCGUAAAAAGAAAACAAACGGAGGGAACUCAAAGUAA